CAGCGUUGCUUCUAGGUGCAAGUGCGAAACCGGAAGUCAAACAUCACACUGCUGUCCUUUAGGAAGUAUACUCUACGGGCUCUCUUCAUACUCAAUAGUGAACAUGUGUAGUACUGUUCGUACCGGGAGGGAGCAUGUUCUACUAGCCGCGUGCACCGUCUGACUUUCCCUUGAGCGCUUGUUGAGUGGCAGCGACCAACCUCACCUCCAACUGCCGACGACGCCAACUCUCCGGCGGCCCGCCUACGUCCUUCAAGCCUCAGUCAACCUCAAGAAAGUGAGCCAGUGGUGUCAUUCUAAGGUUUCGCGGGGCUUCGCCUUCGCCGGCGCCGUCAGGCUGUUACCAAACAACCGGAAACUUCAAGAAAUCAGCUCAUUGAGGGCUUCUGGCUUUUUUCAAUAGUGGGGCCGCGACAAUGGCCGAGGAGUGGCAGGGCAAAGUGUUUUGUCCUUUGACGUGGACGGCGAAUGGAGCCCCUCUCGUGCCGAUGACCAUGGCGAUGGCAAGGUCCAUCGAGGCGGAGGGACUGGACUUCUCACCUACACCCUGGCAUCGUCUGCUUGAGCUCAUAGGACUGGCGUACGCCUACCACCAACUUAGUCGAGCAGACGCCUGUGAGAAAGUGAUCAAUUGUUAUGCAAUCAUCUUGCCUGGAGUUCAUGAUUCUGAUUGCCCACUGAUCAAGGAAUAUCGGCCGGCAAUUAGGCACCUGCUCGACGGCUUCUGGGCCAUGUUGGAGUGGGAGAGGAGGCGAAAAACGUCUCCACUGCUGGCGGCCUUCAUCGAGGAGAUCACUCCCUUCGAGGAGCUGUCGCCGCGCCUCCAAGCUGCCGUCCACGCGGUGCACGCGACCAUCAGCAAGGUGCAGAGAGACGUGGCGCUGACCCACGCGCAACUGGCGGUGCAGAAAAGCCCCGGCGAGGGCGAGUGGCACCACCUUCUUGGCUUGUGCACGGGCCUCCCCGGUUCCGGCGCCACGCCGGCAGAACACGAGGCGCACCUGCGGGAGGCGCACCGCCUCCGUCCGGGCCCGCACACCGCCGUGACGCUGGCGAGGGUCUUGGCCUCCAAGGAGAAGGGCCGCGCCAGGGAGCUGCUGGACGAAGCGCUGCGGGAGCACCCAGAUUCGCCCUAUGUGCUGAGCCUCGCCGGGGAAGUUCUGGUUGCCAUUGACGGCCUGAACGUUGAGACCGCGACGCAGGCCAAGCGGCUGCUGGAGCGUUGCUCUUCCCUCAUCGGGGACAGGGGCAGCACGGAGCUCAAGCUGGCCAACCUGUGCAGGCGACAGGGUGGGCGAGAAGCGGAGGCCAAAGCCCAUUACCAGAAGGCCUACAGCUUAGGGAUGGUGUCUGCCUACAUGCCGGGACCCCUGGUGGGCAGCGCGGCGCCUCACCCGCACUUUUACUCACACGCAGCAGCAGCAUGCAUGUGCUGCAGCCGCAGCCCUCAGCCAGCAAACAAGGCACCGACCAAAGUCGAACGGAUUUCGCGAAGAAAAUGAUUGACAAUAGGUUUAGAUAAGUUGUACGAAAAUCUACCUUCUCUCUUGUCUUGAAUAUAUUGAGAGGUUAACUUUUAUUCACCCGGACAUUCCGAUACGGAACUGUUUAUAUUCUGUCUAAAGUCGCUUCGUAACGCGGUUUCCCGUCGCCGAGAGCCGCUAGUUUGGGAAAAGAACUUACCUUACAUAUGUAUGUUGAUUCCCCCCUGUUAACUUACUUACUAUCUCAUUCUAGGAAAGUGACGAAACUUACCGCUAAAACGAAUGUGACAAAAUGUCACGCUCCUUUGAGCAUUGUCUCACAUUCGCUUGAAUGCGAAUGAGUCAUAAAUUAGCUUAUUCUCAUUCAAACGAAUGAGACACAAUGCUCAAAAGCUCGUCACAAGGUUUGUCACAUUCGUUUUUACGUGAUGUCACGUUUCCCCUAGAAUGAGAGUGUAACAAAACUGUAACUGAAACGUAAAACUUCCUCUCCCGAAUUUGUUUAAUUGUUGGUUUUAGAGAUCUAAGAUUUGAUUUCAGAGUUUUAUCCCCAUGAAAAUGUUACAGUAGCAUCUAGAAAACUGUUUUUACACCCUUAGCCUCAUUUUUCUGGUUUGAAAAGGGUUCCCCGCUAUUUGGAAGGUUAACCUUUUCUCCUCGGUGCGGCAGGCCUCGGACAGCCGUACUGAUUGAUCUUGGUUCUCAAAACGUGUUUCAUGCUUCAAUUUUUUUGGUGUUCAUUGUAAGAACUCAUGAAUUGCACGGCUUAUCAUUUUAAUACAUUAUUAAGCUUAUUUACUGUACCCACUUCUAUGGUAACAUAUCCUUCUAAUAUAAUAAUGAACUUCUUUAUUAUACCCCCUUUGAUGAUUAUGUAUCCUUCUAUUGUGUUAUUGAGCUUCAUUAUCCUUAUAAGGUAAUAUUAAGUUUCUUUAUUAUAUCCCCUUUGAUAACCUAUCCUUUUAAUAUAUUAUUAAGCUUCUUUGUUGUAUCUCCUUCGAUGGUUACCGCAUUGUACAAGCACGUCUUGGCAUCCAAGGGGAUCUUGUUCCAAGGAAAAUCUCCAAUCCCUGUAGUGUUUUGAAUUUCUUUUACUUAAGUGAUAUCAUACGUUCGUACGCACGUAAGUUGGAAAACGAAGCAGUGAUUUUUUAGUGUUUGAUGCAAAUCUUUAUAAAGAGCGCGGAAAUUUUGUUUGAAUCAUAAAUUGUGUCUGGAUUGAAUUUUGUUUCUUGACGCUUGGAGUACUUUUUGAAGCUUG